UAAUCCCAGUGAUUUCCUCCGGGUGGGGAUUAUGAAACCAAUGAUGAAUAUCAAAGGCCGCAGCAUGCAGCGGGACCGCCUCACCCGUGGCCCCCACAGCUCCCCGGCGUGCCCGGUGCCUGCAGGUAAGCGCUGCCCAGCGCGGGGGGGUGGGGUCCCUGCAGUGGGAGGGGGCACGCCCUGGGGUCUGCUGGGCUUUGGGGUGAGGACAUGGCUGCAGGGUUCGGCUUGGAGGCAAGCAGGAGGAGCGAGGAUGCGGGCGAUGCUCAUGGGAUGCUCCGGCACCGUACGCUUUGCUGGGGGUGAAAGAUGCCGCAGAAACACUAUGGGGUACUCAGGGAUAGGGGGAGUGCCCUUUGCUCGCCCGACCAGAGGGCGUCCCAUGGGUGGCCUUGGCACCGCUCUGGGUUCACCGUGUCCCCAGUAUCCCCUCGGGCUGCGUGUGACCGCGGUGGCCCCGUGGCCGCCUUCAGCUCCGGUGUCAGCAUCUGCGCCGGGCUUGGCUGGGAGCCCCGCCAUGCAGCGGGAGGAGGAGGGGGAGGCCGGGCAGGAGGCAGGGCCGGCCGCAGCCAGCAGCCCAGCCAAGCGGCGGAGCUCCGGCAGGGCUGGAGGGGCUGGGAUUUGCUGCUUUUUUUAAUUUCCUCCCUUUGCUUCCUUCCCCUCUUCCGCUUUCUUCUCUCUCUAUCCCGGCCUUCUCCCGAUGCUCGGGUGCACAUGGAGGGGCCCCGUCCCGCAGAGCCCCCCCGGGGCCCCCACGCCGUGCUGGAGGGCAAGGUGAAGGCGCUGAAGGAGAAGCGCGGCGCCGAGCGGCCAUCGCCCAAGAAGCCCCGUGCCCGCAGGGGGAAGGCCGGAGCCGAGGAACCGCGGGCACAGCUCCGCACCUACCUGACCGACGGGCUGCUGGAUGGCACUGCGCCUUGGGGGGAGCAGGGGGGGCUGGGGGGCUCUCCGGCUCUGGUAUCGGGCAGCAGGGAGGUGGCAGCGGGCACGGAGCCGCUGUCCUUGGCCGAGAGGGUGGAAAGGAACCGGCGGCUGCUGCACGAGGUGCUGGGGAUGCACGAGGUGCCAGCGAGCGAUGGCGACUGGGACUCAGGGGUCUCACUGCAGGAUGCUGAGGGCUGCAGGGCCUUUGUUCCCGGGCAGGAGCUCGAGCUGAGCCCACGCCAUGAGCAGGCCAAGCAGCUGCUGCAGCGCGCCCGCAUGAAGGCUCGCACCAACCCACUGCGCGCCAGCCACGACCUCCUGCUGCCGCCCGCCGCCGUGCCCCCCAGGGAGCCCAGUGUCACCACGCAGGAGGUGGAGGGCCCGGCGGGCGGCAGCCUGAGCGACUCAUCCAGUGGGGAGUCGGGUGGCAGGGAGCCCCGGCGGCCACGGGGGCCCUCCCCGUCCCGCGUGCGCUUUGAGGACGAGUCGGCCCGUGACGCCGAGGUGCGCUACCUGGAGCGGCUGCGGCACCGCCGGGUGCUGGGCUCGGCGCUGGAGCGCGGCGGUGGAGAGCCCCGUGGGCACCCUGGGGAUGGCCCCGUGAAAUCCCGGGGCGCUGAUGUCCCUGCUGGGGGCAAGUGCCAGGCCUGUGGCUCCCUGCUCGGUGCCGCCGUGCCGGCCGAAGGCAGCCCCGUGGCACGGGGACGGGAGCGCACGGGUCCUGGUGCUGCUGCCCAGCCCGAGCCCAAGGCCCGGCCGCUGGGUCCUGGGGGGUCCCCGCUCUGGAUCCUGCCCUCCCGGCAGCGCAUCCAUACCGAGAAGAUCAAGGAGACCUACAUCGGGAACGUCACCCGUGGGGAUGAGGUGGACUCGGCCCUGGAGAGCACCGACACCUCCGAUGGCUGCCGGACCGACAGCGAGGAGCCGCGGCCCCGAAGCCCCCACCCACGGGGGCACCGGGACCCCCGGGCUCGUAGCCACCGCAGCCCCCGCACCCCAGCACAGAAGGAGAAGGGCAUGAGUGUGGCUGGGGGCUCGGGGACGCUUUGCCCCAUGUCAGCAGGGACAGCUGGUAGCCAGGAGGGGAGGCACAGCAACGAGGCAGUGGGUAAUGGAGAGCCACCAGCCCCCUCUUUGAAGCCAGCAGGGCCUUCUCAUGUCCCUACCACCACCACCACCACCAUCACCACCAGCACCAAGGCCUGCUCCCAGGUGCCUUGCAGGACAGGUGCCCCUGCCAGCAGCCAACAGUGCCCAGAGCCUGACGCUGGGAGCGCUUUGCCCCAACCCAAGGGCACAGGGCAGCGGCGGGGGCCCUGUGGCCCCGUCUGGCUCCCGGGGAGCCCCCUGCGUGCCUUGUCCACCAAUAACUGCAACAACACUGGCGGACAGGGCUGUGGGAGCCGCCCCUGUGGGCUGGGAGCACAACGCUGCGCUGUGGUUGCAGAGGCACCACCUGGAGAGACCAUCAGGACGCCCAAGGCACAGCAGGAUGGAAGCCCGACAGCUGGGGAGCCAGCACGGGCAGCGAGCCGGAAGGGCAGCGGGGAUGCGGCAUCCUCGGGGCUGAAGCGGCUCCUGUGCAGCCUGAGCCAGAGCACCAAGCAGCGCCUGGGCCGCUUCCGCUGCUACAGCAUGGAGCAGCUGCCCGGCCCCGCGCCCAACGGCCCCAGCGUGAAGCGGUCGCCCUCGCUGCAGGCCCUGGUGUCACCCUUCCGCCAGCCCCAAAAAGCCGCCUCCGUCCAGAGCCUGCACAGCCUGCUGGGCAGGGCGCCCCGAGCCAGCGCCUACCUGCUGCCCCAGCCAGGGGACGGGGACAGGAAGGCGGCCUCGGGGCCGCGGCACUCGCUGAGCGUGGAGGACAUCGGCGCGCCCGACCGGCCGCGCACGGUGGGACGCGUGGUGGAGGUGUUCCCCGACGGCACCAGCCUGCUGCAGCUACAGCGGCCCCCGCACGGCUCCUUCGGCUUCCAGGUCACCUCCGGGCACGGCCGGCCCGACACAGGUGUCUACGUGCAGGAGAUGGCGGACGCGGGCACGGCCAAGCUGUACGCGGGGCUGCUGGGCGUGGGCGAUGAGAUCCUGCAGGUCAACGGGGCCGCUGUGUCGGGCCUGGGGCUGGCCCGCAUCCGCGAGCUGCUGCUGCGGGCAGACAGCCUGGCUUUGCGCGUGCUUCGGCAGCGCCCCGCUCGGCGGUAGCGGCGUGGCUCCAGGAGGGAGGAGCAGGGCGGACUGCGGGUGCUGCUGGAGUCCUGCGUGGAGCUAGGACGCAAGAAGGACCUCACCAAGAGGGUGUGACAACGGGACCGCCCUGCUUUGGUGCGAUGCGCAGUUCCCUGUGGGGAUGGGGACAGCUAGGAGGCAGUGCAGGACCGAGGACCUGCCCCCAGCGCGGGGACACCCCGGCUCUCCAGCCCUGGGCUCUCCCUGCCCCUGCUGGAAACCUCUGCCCACGGGCUGGUGGGUCUCAUUUAAAUUAUUUCAAACUGCAAAAAAAAAACAAAAAAAAACAAA